CGUUGAACAAAAACUGCCUAAUAAACGAAUUUAUUUUCAUUAUAAAACCAAAUCCAUUGUGGCCAAGUACAUUUAUAGUUUAAAUUGGGUUUAAUACCUCUAUAAAAUAAAUAAAUGAAUACAAAUGCCGAUCACAUACAACCGUGGCAAUAUAAGAAAGAUAGCAUUCCGAACGAGAGGUCGUUCAGCACAAUCGUUGGACACAAGUGCUCCUCCGCCAGACCCUGGCGCUGCUGGGGACAGUCGUCUUUUCUUACAAAUUAAGCCGGCAAUCGCUGAUCCCAAAGGAACACUUACACGAUCUCACACCACUUUAUCCGGCAAUGAUCUACUACGGAAAGAGGACGGCAGAGACGAAUCAAUUGAUUUACAAGCAGUGGGAGAAGGGAAAGUCCAACUUUAUCGUACACCACAGGAAAAAGAUCGGUUACCCGAUAGGAUAACACUUGACAGGCGCGGUUUGUCAUCAAUUCCUCAUAUUGUUGGUGAACCAGGUCUCCGGCUGCUCUCGCUGCAACACAACUUAAUAAACAGUCUUUCAGGACUAGUGCCUCUGGAUUUAAGCAAAUUAGUCUUUUUAGAUGUAUAUGAUAACCAAAUAGACAAAAUCACUUCCUUAGAAAGAUUGUUCAGCUUACGAGUGCUCUUAUUAGGGAAAAAUAGGAUUAAAAGGAUAGAAGGUCUAGCAAACCUAGUGAAAUUAGAAGUUUUGGAUUUACAUGGAAAUCGAAUCACUAAAGUGUGCGGCUUGUCAAAUUUGAAUGACUUAAAAGUGUUAAACUUAGCUGGAAACCAAUUAAAAUGUAUAGGUGCCACAGAUUUACAGGGUUUGGUAUCACUAAGAGAAUUAAAUUUAAAAAGGAAUCGCAUAAGACGUUUGCUUGGAUUCCAAAAUACCCCAAAGCUUCAAAAGCUGUAUCUUGGUAAUAAUGAUUUGCAAAGUGUAGAAGACGUAUCAUCAUUAGCUGAAGCUGCAUCACUAAUUGAUAUUUCUUUAGAUGGAAACCCAGUAGCCUUGGGUGGGGACUGCACUCCUUUUCUAGUGUCAUAUCUACCAAAUUUACUAACUUUAACCAAUAUGCACGUGACGGAACAAGUUCGUAGAGCAGCUAUGGCUUGGAGAAGUAAUAAAGAAGCGGCACAUGCAGCCUAUUGUGCGCUUGGAGGGUCAGCGCAACAAGCAGCCCGUCGAGAUCAAAUCAUAAAUAACGCAAGGACCAAUUGGGAAUUACUAAGAUCUGAAAAUAAAUGCUUUACAACCCCUACGACACCAGUAAAAAAUGUUGAAAUGGAAAAAGUUUUUGUUAUAGAAGCUUCAGCUACUACAAUGCAAAGCGCAACUCAGACGAUGGAUUUAGGAAACCUUCCAGAUGUUGUAAUAUCAAUGCAACAAACUGAAGUAGAAGAUUCAGAUACUAAAAAUACUAGUGACAAUAAUAUGAAAUCAAUCAAUGAAAAUGGGCCAGUCGCGUCUCCAAUGAGAAAGCUUCAAAGAAGUGCUACUGCACGAAAAACUUCGGAAAGGCGAGUCAACUUCUCAGAUAGAAGCGCUUCACAAGACACAGAUGUUUCGCAUUCUACAUCUACUAGUAGUGACUUAAGACUACCACCCAUACUGUUGCCAAUAAUAUCAACAUUAGAAAAUGUUAAACUUUCUGACAGUAAUGAGCCAAUAUUAAAAAGGUGGGAAAGUAUAUCCAGUGUUGACCCUAUAGUUGAUUCAUCCUUUAGUUCCUUGCCUUCGUCUUCAAGUGAUAGUGAAGAAGAAAAUAAAAGACAAGUCCGACGUAUGCCAACGGCUUUACGCAGGCGAGAAAAUUUUAGUACCAUGCGGUCUAAAUCAGUAUGUGAUCCUGAAUGUCGAAGAAUCAAAACGAAAAAUUCUGAUUAUAGUGAAAAUGGCAGUAACAUUUCAACGACUACACAUAUUGGCUCAAUUGCGAAUUCAUCAACUUCUGGAAGCGACCAUAACAGCAAGCUUUUGAGACGGGAAGGAUCUAUAAACAGUCGAACGAGUAACAGAAAUAUUAGAAGUGCAACUAUAGCUCGAAGGAAUGAACGUGCUUCAUCAGCAAGUAGAGCUUCAACAGGUAGAGCUAAGUCGGGAAAGAGUCUAGCUAGCCUGAAAUCCUCAGAACCUGUUCCGAAAACAAUGCCUGUGUCAAAAGAUAGGGAGCAAGGAGUGGAUUACUUAGUGGAAGUAUGUGACGGAGUAAUUAGUGCAUGGGGCGCUGGGGCUGUACGUCGGUUAGCCAGAGAUUGGGACUGGGAAAGAGCGAGAACAGUUACUAAAGCCGCAUUUCACUACGUACAUUUCAACGCAGUUGCUCAAUCUCUCCCUGAAUUAAAAUCCAAAUUUCCAAAUGUAGCACACUUAUCAGUGCGCGCAACUGGUCUCCAAUGGCUUGGUCAACUUCAUGCUUUGGCCGAAUUACGGGGGCUUUCUAGUUUAAAUGUUCUCCCAGAAGGUAACCCCAUACAUGGGAAAAUUUGGAGAGAAUAUGCGAUAUACAGACUCGCACAUUGGGGUCUAAAAGAGAUAAAUGACGAACCGGUGACUGAUGAGGAAUUAAAAUCGGCUAAUGAAACAUACGUCGGUUUGAGUGAUAUAGUGCUGAGAGCUCUUCCAGAUGCACCGUUGCAACCACUGCUAUCACGACUCGGCAGGAGUGGAACUAGUAGUGUCAGUGCAAAAGCAUGGCUUAGAGCUGCUGACCCAGCACUAAGAGAUGUUAUAGCUAAAGAAGCUUUGCAAUAUAAGAAGGGGCAUGUGUCACAAGAAGAUAUGAGUUGGAGGGUUCGAGGUCGUGGACAGUUGUCACAUGCCAUCGAGUUGGCUUGUGGAGCUGCGCAAAGACUGAGAUCGUUGGAAAUGCAAUGGCCGAAUAUACUUGUGGAGAUGAUCGAAGAUAUCUUGAAAGAUUUCUCUAAUAUGGAAUCACAUGUAAAAGAGCAAAUGGCCAUGCUGACGGAUUCUAUGUAGAUUAAUUUAAACAUUAAGGAUAUUGAUUUCGCAUAUGUACAUCGAUCAUUCUGUAUGCAGUCAUAUUAUUUUUACUCGUGUUUCGUGUUAAGUCAAAAAAUAUUAAAGCAACGCACAAGUAUUGAGAUAUAAGUAGAACUUGUAAGGGAACUUUGUAUGUAAGCAUCUAAAAUAAGAGCGUAAGUAAUAUUAAUAGCACAUUGAAAAAUAGGUUUUUGAAUUUGGCAGUAACAAAUAGACGGAAGACCACAUAAUCCAUUAUGGUAAACUAUCAAAUAAUGCUAUUAUUAGUGCUUACAAAAAAGAACUGAAAUUAUUACAUUAUAGUUACUAUACCUAAACUUGCUCAAAUGCUCAAUGCUUUAAAAAAUAUUUAGAUACCUAUCAUACUAUCCUAAUAGUUCUCCGUUUACUUUCUAAUAUAUUGAAUUUUAUUAUAUUAAGUAGAAGACUGCCUUCUUUUUAUCUGUUUCUGCAUCAGCAACUUUGAAACAAAUAGAAAUAAAAAUAUUUAUGA